AAAGGAAAACGAGGCAUAAAAUUAGGAGUGGUCUUUGGGGAAUUCUGUUCCGCAGAAUCCGAGUCCAAUAGCUCUCCUCCCCAGGGCUUUCAACUUCUCCAAACCCCAUCUCGCCGCCGAGGCCGAGCGAGCAGAGCAGAACACCACGUCGGCGGCUUUUCCCUGUCUCUCCGCUGGAUACUACACCCGCCGCCGCAGCGCCGAUCCUGUCCGAGUCAAGCGGAGCGGGGGAUCGGAUUGGUUGCUUCCUUCCCUCCAUCUCAUGUUGGUGGACUGAGAGAUGGAGUUUUAAUUUCAAAUAGCAUCUAGAGGACUGCCACUAAGCUUUUAAGUUGGUAUAUAAUGGGUGGCUGUUGUUGCUGUUCGUCGAGAACAUCUGAAGCAGUUAGAGCACGAGCACCAGUUGAUAUAUAUCAUCAACAAAAUCUUGAGGAGCAGGAGCCAUUGUCUUCAAUUUUUGAUGGAUCAUCUCCAGCCUCUGCAAUUGUUGCAGUAGACACAAAUCUGGAUACUUCCACACCUGACACAUAUCGAGCGCCGCCUGCACCCUUGCCUUAUGAUGUUAUUUUGGCAGUCCCAAAUAACCCUGGUUUUGGAAACUCUGUAGGUUUGGAGAAGCCAGACACUAAGAGCAAAACUGAUGACCAACAAGAGUCCAUAAAUGAUCAGGAGUCUUUAAAGGUGGAUGAGUCAUGUAAGAAAAGUGUCACUGAAGAUAAGGCUGAUGAGGAGGAUGUUUGCCCUAUCUGCCUUGAAGAAUAUGAUGAAGAAAAUCCCCGUUCUAUAACUAAAUGCGAGCAUCAUUUCCAUCUUUGCUGCAUUCUCGAAUGGAUGGAGCGAAAAGAUACUUGCCCAGUUUGUGACCAGCCUGUAUUAUUGCAGAUUACUUUGGUGGAUGAGAUGUUCGAAUAGGUUUGGUAACCUUGGUGGAUCAUCACUCGAAGCUGUUCGUUACUGAGAAAGUGCAGCAACUAAUUUACUUUUGAUAUUGAUCCAUUCCGGGUGGCUCGCAUGGUAAUGAAUUGAGGGGGCAAAAAUUGAAAGGAUGAAUGUCAUGAAAUGUAUUUACAACGCCUCCUUUGUCAUGCGUUGUGUCAUGCUAUAUAUAUGCCGGCUUGCGGGUUCAUUCAGUUCAAAGUCCAGGACUAUCCUUUUGCUUUUCUGAAUUCAGAGUUUCAGACAUCUGCUGGUUCUUCCAGGUUCCGGUCAGCUGUGUAUAUCAUAUAUUAGGUGGUUGCAGGUAAAAAUGGUCUAGAGGGUGGGGGUUGCUUUGUACAAUCCACAUGGUAUUUAAGCUUCAUGUAUAUAAUCUUUUCUGUUUCUCUUCGUUUUGUUCUGCUGAAUACUUGCAGAUCCUUACUGUUCUGAUAAAACUUACUGACUCCCAAAUCUGUGCCAGACAAAACGUGUUUCAGGAACAUAAUACAUCUGAUAGCACUUGUUAAAACA